AUGUCAACAAUCACACCAUCGGCGGCGAACCACGACGAGGGCGACCCCCUGAUCCUGAUUACGAGCAGGCCGACGGGGAAGUUCCCUAUUUUCCCUAACCGCGUUUCAAAUUCGAGAACUCUUUGGUUUGCCAUACUGCUACAACAGGAGGCGCUGGUGGCGCUAAUCGAUAGCGGAUCAUCUCACAACUUCAUCAAUUGUGAGACAACUAGGGCAUCAUCGCUCCCCUACACUCUGAUUCCACCGUUCAUGGUCAAGUUCGCUAAUGGGAACGUCCUUCGCUGUGACCGUUGUUACAAGAACAUGGAGACAAUCAUUCAGGGCAAACCCAUGACAGUGGACCUGUACGAGCUACCCAUCAAGGGCCUCGACGUCGUGCUAGGCAUCCGCUGGCUCCGACAUUUGGGACCGGUGACGAUUGAUUGGGAUCGCCUCAUGUUAAAGUUCUUGAACAGUGAGUGGUGA